AACGUACAACAAAUAAUUAAAAACUCAGAUCUAAUCCUCUCUGUGAAUCAGACUAUUCUCCUCUCGGUUAUCUCUAACCUUCCUCUGUUAGGGUUUUUCUCGAAGAGGGUUUCUUCUGGUUCUUCUUCGAUCGCUUGAAUUAUCAGUUCGGAUCUCCAAUUUCCUUCGAAAAUGUACGGAUUCGAAGCUAUGACGUUCAACAUUCAUGGCGGGUACCUUGAGGCCAUCGUGCGGGGCCACAGAUCUGGAUUGCUCACUGCCGCUGAUUACAACAAUUUGUGCCAGUGCGAAACCCUAGACGACAUUAAGAUGCAUCUCUCUGCUACUGAGUACGGUCCUUAUCUCCAAAACGAACCUUCCCCAUUGCAUACAACUACGAUUGUAGAGAAAUGCACUGUUAAACUGGUUGAUGAGUAUAAGCACAUGUUGUGCCAAGCCACAGAGCCCUUGUCAACCUUCUUAGAGUACAUCACAUAUGGUCACAUGAUAGAUAAUGUUGUCCUGAUUGUUACGGGAACCUUACAUGAGAGAGAUGUCCAGGAACUGUUGGAGAAAUGCCACCCUUUGGGAAUGUUUGAUAGCAUUGCCACUCUAGCAGUUGCACAGAAUAUGCGGGAGCUUUAUAGAUUGGUUCUUGUUGACACACCAUUGGCUCCAUACUUCUCUGAGCGAAUUACAUCAGAGGACUUGGAUGACAUGAACAUUGAAAUUAUGAGGAAUACUCUUUACAAGGCAUACCUUGAGGACUUUUACCAGUUUUGUCAGAAACUUGGUGGUGCCACUUCGGAAAUCAUGUCUGACCUGCUUGCCUUUGAGGCUGAUAGAAGGGCUGUCAAUAUAACCAUAAAUAGCAUUGGUACUGAGCUUACAAGAGAUGAUCGCAAGAAAUUGUACUCUAAUUUUGGUUUACUUUACCCCUAUGGUCAUGAAGAACUUGCUGUCUGUGAAGAUAUUGACCAGGUUCGUGGUGUGAUGGAAAAAUAUCCUCCCUACCAGUCCAUUUUCGCUAAAAUGUCCUAUGGAGAGAGCCAGAUGCUUGACAAGGCAUUUUAUGAAGAGGAGGUGAAGAGGCUUUGUUUGGCGUUUGAGCAACAGUUCCAUUAUGGUGUUUUCUUUGCUUACAUGAGGUUGAGGGAGCAGGAGAUCAGGAAUCUGAUGUGGAUAUCUGAAUGUGUGGCUCAGAACCAGAAGUCUCGAGUUCAUGACAGCGUCGUCUUCAUAUUUUAGUUUCUCAUCACUGGCCAUUAGAAAACACUCCAUGGGCUUUUACACAAAUCUUCUGUAAAUCUCCUUGGUAUUCCAUUCUGUAUGUCUGAUUAUUAGUCUAGAGGUUGGGCCUUGAGGCACUCUUUUCAAGUUUCCCAUGUGGAAAAUAAGUAUCUCAUAUCCUUUUUAUGUCAUUCAGAGGGAGAAUGGUUGUACUCAGCUUUGUCAAAUAUAUCCCAGUCAUGGGUUUGAAUUUAA